GGUGCACAGAAAUAGCUCAGCCAAUCAGAGCGAUGACAGGAAAAUAACGGGCUCAGACAGAGAGAAAGCUAGAGAGAGGGAAUAUCACUGACAUACAGAGGAGGAAGGCAACAAAAGUGGAUCAAAUUGGAAAGAGCCACUAUGAGUACAGAAAAAUUAGAUCCCAGUGAGAUGUCUAGCAAUGGGUAGAGUGACAGAAGGGAAAAUCAACCGUUCUACAUCAGACCACUCGAGGAUGCUUCAAGGUGCAGAAUCAGCCUCUCGGGAGAUAAUGCUGUGAAGGCCCUGAGCAUCAAGGCUCAGCCGAAUCAAAGCCAGCGAGCUACAGCACAGGGUGGAGGCCGUGAACGGAUUUGAACAAGUGAAGAAAAAAGACAUUAUGAGGACAUCAAGGAAAGGAAGUGUGGAAAUGCCUGCUUUUGUUAGGCAGCUGGUGAAGGAGACCGAGAAAAGGGUCACCUCCUUUUUUAAAGGGGGACGAGGGGGAGGCGCAGGGGAGCUGUCUGUAGGCGAAGAGGGUGGAGAGGAGGAAGGGGUCAUCCCUAGCCCAUACUUGGACCGACCGGUUCUGGACAAGCACAUGCAAGAGGGCUAUGCCUCCUGGGGACUUACCUAUGCCCUGGCCAGCAUGCAGGGUUGGAGGGCCCACAUGGAAGAUUUCCACAACUGCUUCCCUCAGCUAGGAGGGGAACUGGCCCACUGGGGGUUCUUCGCUGUGUUUGAUGGACACGCAGGGAGCGCGGUGGCCCAACACUGCUCCCGAAACCUGCUGGACCACAUCCUGGGCACAGGAAAGAUCCGAGCAGAUGACGAUGUACUAAGGGUCACUGAGGGCAUCAAGGAGGGCUUCUUUCUCAUGGACAAGCACCUUCAUGCCAUGGCCUGCCGUGAGGGUUGGGAACGUGGAGGGACGACUGUCGUUGCCACCGCUAUCACUCCACACCACAUCUACUUUGUGAACUGCGGGGAUUCUCGAGCAGUCUUGUGCCGUGCGGGACGGGUGGCCUUCUCGACGGAAGACCACAAGCCCUUCAGCCCUGGCGAGAGGGAGAGGAUAGAGAACGCUGGAGGAUCAGUCACUUUGCAGCGUGUGAACGGCUCGCUGGCAGUCUCCCGAGCACUGGGGGACUUCAGUUACAAGACAGCCGAGUGGCGGCCGGUCACAGAACAGAUGGUUUCGCCAGAGCCAGAAGUGUCCGCUGUGGAGCGCUCGCCAGCAGAUGAGUUUCUGGUUCUGGCCUGCGAUGGUGUGUGGGACACUGUCACGAAUGAAGAGCUCUGUGCCUUCAUACACAGCCGACUGCGUGUCUGCACAGACCUGAGAGAGGUCUGCUCCCAGGUCAUUGACCUUUGCCUCUAUAAGGGGAGCCUUGAUAACAUCAGCAUCAUUCUAGUUUGUUUCCCUGGCGCCCCCCAGCUGUCACCUGAAGCGCUGCACCAGGAGGCUGAGCUGGAGGACUUUCUAGAGUCCAAAGUAGCUGAGAUAUAUGAAGAGCUGAGCACAAGAGGUGAGGAGCCUGAUCUGCUGUCAGUUCUGACAGUACUGGCUUCCACAGUGAUUCCUGGACUUCCACCAGGGGGCGGCCUUCAGAGCAAGCGGAACUGUAUCAUUUCAGCCUAUUAUCAACAGAAAGAGGCACAGCGAUCUAGAUUAGCCCAGGAACUCAGUCCUACAAAUGCCAAAUAGAGUCCAUCUUACAUGAACACUUGAUGGAUGUGCUAGAUUGAGAAAGAAGUAAAUCAGUUUUCUGUGUUUAAAACUAAAAAAAGAGAGAGAGAAAUAAAGAAAGAUCUUUUUGGACAGCAAAAAAAACACAAACAAAACAAAAACAUUUUACUUCCUUCUUUUUGUAUGUUUCACGAAUAACAAAACUUACAAAAAGCAAUGCUGUGCCACAAUGCAGGACAAUGAUGACUGUAUAUAAAUUUGACUCAUUAGAUUGUGAUAUGUUCAGUAUUUUGCUUACCAAAUGUAUUCAAUGAGUCUUUCAGUCGACAAAACUCAGGUAAUGUGUUCAAGCAGUGACAGCAAACUUUUGAAAUUCUUUCCAGUCUUGGCAUUUAACAAGGUCAUUAUUUAAAUUGAUACAAUAAAAAAAAGGCAGAACUUGAUAAAACUCUUUGAGGAACAGUGACAAGCUAGUACUUUUGGUAAAUACUACAUGAAUAGUUCACACAAAAAUGAUUUACUUGUCUCUAAGGCUUAGUUCUUUUAGAAGCAUGGUCACAAUUGUUUUGUUAAAAAA